GGAAAAAGAUACGGAAUCAGUCGAUAUCAAUGUGAUCUCGAGUUUAAACGGAAAAUGUAUAAAAUAUGCGAGUCCAGCAAGAGAAAGAGAUGGGUAUGGAGUGCACUCGGCAAUCUGUUCACUGGCAAAGCAUGCAAGGUAGCUAUUGACUAAUGUAUUUAAAGAGCAGUUAAAAUUAGCCCCAUGCAUUGAGUUUGCCAGAUGCAUUAGCCCCAUGCAUUGAGUUAAAGAUGCAGACAACGAACAACGGGUACGGAGUACGGUUGAAAGCUUGUUCAGUUCGUAUUGCUUUAACUGAGGCAGACAAAAUUUACAUAUCCCCAGAGCAUACUUUUCAUCGUAGCGACCUUGGCUACAGCGUAAAAUCACAUUCUUGUGUUGUAAAACAGAAUCAAGAACAUUGCACCGAAACUGUCUACGCAAUAUGCUGCUGGUUGGACAGUAUUUUUAUAAAGACGAAAAUGAUGAAACUUAAAAGAUGAAACUUACUGAACACAAAGCCAUGCACAUAAAACAUAUAACAAAAAAUAAACUUAAACUUGCAUAAAACAUAUAAAUAUUAACAAAAAAUAAACUUUUUUAUCGUUAAAAAAUCCAUGUCCAUACAAUGUUUUGAGGCGCGUGUUUGAUCUAUCAAGAUUGAUCUAUGUAUAUUGUUAUUGUUGUUGUUAGGCAACCGCAGAUGUUUACUUUGGUGCUGUGGAUAAUUUUGGUGCAAAACACUACGAGAAUCCAUCGCCAAGUUGGUGUGAACGAAGCUGCGUACAAGAUCUACUGGACAAUUAUUUUAGCUUAGUUUAUUAA